UGUCAAUCUGGGUGUUCUGUUGCAUUAUUUAGGUUGGUUUUUCGGUCAGUUAUACUGUAUAUCAUAUGCCCUUUGAUUCUCUUCAAUUUUCGGUGAUCGAGUGAUACAUGGAGCAGAUAUGCUUCGAUCUAUGAAUUCAUGCAUUGACUAUCGUUUCAUCCACGGGAAAUCCACAUAUAUUUUGUCUUCGUUUCUUUUCUUUUUUCUUUGGUUUUCUACUCUAUUUUCUGUUUACCUGAAUAACUCUCACUAUCAUUGCAUCCCCUCGCAUCCAUCAUCCACCAUCCAGACUAUGGUUUACCCGCGUGUAUCUUUAACCGGUCGAGUAUUAUCAAAAAGCUUUUGGUUUUCUCUCCGGUUUUCUUGUCGCCCUGGCAAAGCCAUCCAUCCCUCCAAAUCUUUCUACUUUGUUCGCGCACCAAAUGUGGCCAAUCCGGUUUCUGUCGUCAAAGGGUACCGUCGGUGGUGUGACUCUCCUUCUUCAUCAGAAAGUGCUUACGCGUCCUCAGGUUCCUCUUAUUUGGAUUGCCACCCGUGGUAUAUUGUCUUUGAUAUUUCUUCCCGACCAUUUUAUUUUUGUAGUUUGUAGUAUUUCGAUAGACCUUCUUGCAGUCUUUCCUCCUUUUUUUUCCCACAGGAUUUUUAGGGGGUUUUUACAGACGCACCUAUUGUUUUACUUU